GAGAGAGAGGCAAACAUACUCACUUUAGUGACAAAUUUGUCACCUUAGAGUGAAAUGUUUAAUAGUCAAAAUGUCCAAUUAGACCAUGUGAGUCGUGUGUGCGCGUGGGUGUAGGCUAUAUAUUUGCGUGGUUGCCCACUCUGCAGGUUUACUUGUCAAGAAACUCAGAAGAAUGAACAAAAUAGCUGGACUACUUUGGAAGAGUUAGUUGUGUUGAAAAUAUUUCUUGAAAAGUGUCAUUUAAAGUCUCUCCUCCCGGUGUUGUGAGUCUCGGAGCUUUGUUCAGGAUCAUGGAGGAACUGGCCCGGGAGAGCAUCAGCCUGCUGGCCCGGUCUGCGUCUCACGCGGACUCGCCGCGGCUCGGCUCGUUCGGCGCGGUGUUCAUCAUGCUGAAGUCUGCGCUGGGAGCCGGACUGCUUAACUUCCCCUGGGCUUUCCAAAAGGCGGGAGGAGUGACCACCGCCGUCAGUGUGGAGCUGGUUUCACUGGUCUUCCUCAUCAGUGGUUUGGUCAUCCUCGGCUAUGCCUCAUCAGUCAGCAGACAGAAGACGUAUCAGGACGUGGUGAGAGAGGUGUGUGGAGGAGCUGUGGGUCAACUCUGUGAAGUCUGUUUUUGCUUCAACCUCUUCAUGAUAUGUGUCGCCUUCCUGGUGGUGGUUCAGGACCAGCUGGAGAAAUUGUGUAUUUCUUUAUAUCAGACGGUGACUGGGUCCAGUGAGGGAGAGAUGCCGUAUCACUGGUACACUGACCAACGAUUUGCCCUCUUCAUCAUGUGCCUCUUCAUCAUCCUACCCCUGUCCAUCCCAAAAGAAAUCGGCAUCCAGAAAUACACAAGUGUGUUGGGGACGCUGGCUGCUACGUAUCUGUGUGCGGCAGUGAUUGUCAAAUAUUACCUGAUGGAGAGCCACGAUGCUAUAAUAACUCCAGAGCACAGCCAAGGUGUAAGUUCGUGGGGUUCAAUGUUCAGUGUUGUGCCGACCAUCUGCUUUGGCUUCCAGUGCCAUGAAGCCUGUAUUGCCAUCUACAGCAGCAUGGAGAACCAGAAGCUCUUCCACUGGGCGGUCAUCUCUGUGGUCUCCAUGUUUUUCUGUUUACUCAUCUACACUCUAACCGGUGUGUAUGGCUUCUUGACGUUCGGACGGACGGUUGCCUCCGAUAUUUUGAUGUCAUAUCCAGGAGAUGAUGUGGUCAUAAUCAUUUCCAGACUACUUUUUGGAAUAUCAAUCAUCACCAUUUAUCCUAUUAUUCUUCUUCUGGGGAGAUCUGUCAUCCUGAACCUGACGCUGCGUAUUCAAAGACGUCGUUUGGGAAUCGUCACUCAUUCAUUUGAGAGUCGCUGCAGAGUCGUUCUCACUGUGAUCUGGAUCACCAUCACUCUUCUCAUUGCCAUGUUUGUCCCUGACAUGGGGGAUGUCAUCAGUGUCAUUGGAGGAAUCAGUGCCUUCUUCAUCUUUAUUUUUCCUGGUCUUUGCUUAGUGUUCACAAUGCAAACUGAAUCUGUGUCUCCAAGAGUCAGGGUGAUUUUAACAGUUUGGGGAGUCAUAACCAUUGUAGUUGGAGCCUUUAUCUUCGGACAGAGCACAACCAUCGCUGUCAUGGAGCUUUGCCACAAAUUCUGAAUUUCACGUUAUCAUAUCACCACUACAUUAUCUGUAGCAGCUGCUUCACUGUGACUUCACAGCGCUUUUUGCACAACUGAAAAAUGCAUUUGUAAAGGUGGUUUUUAGUUGUACAUAUGAUCCUUAUCAAGGUCUUACACGAACUGGAUAUAGAAUAUAUUUGCUAUGUGAGAAUGUAAUAUUUAUGUGUGUAUGAUUGGAUUAUUGGAAUAUUGGAUAUUAAUUGAUUGUUAAUGGACAAGUAUAUAAUGUCAAAGAGAAUAAUGCAUUGUUAGGUAUUUAAUUGCUAAGUAUGUGUAGAAGUAGUAUUGUUUGAAUAUAUGUAUCUGUUUUGUUAUUUAAUUUGGUCUGCCAAUAAUAUACUUAUAGUAUAUUAAAUGAGAAAUCACUAAGUGUGUCCUCUUUGAGUCUUCAUCUGUAC